UUUAGUAGAGGGGGAUUUCACUGUGUUGGUCAGGCUUGUCUUGAACUCCUGACCCCAAGUGAUCUGUGUGCCUCGGCCUCCCAGAUUGCUGGGAUUACAGGCGUGAACCCCCGUGCCUGGCCCUGUAUAACUCUUUGUGCGAGUUUUUACCACUAAAAGAUAUCUGCCGUGUCAGCCAUGGAACACACGCUGAGAACAUGAAGCCUCAGGGGCAUGGCUGGCUACACAGUUUGUGGGACCCAGUACAAAAUGAACAUGGAAAAAAACUAGAAAAAAGCGUAGUACAAGGUACUAAAAUAGAAAGAUUUUUCCUUUGAAAACAGUUUAAUACUUAUAAAAUGUAAUAGAGGGAAAUAGUGACACAUGAGUAACAAAAUGGGCGUAUCACUUGGUCUGUGCUAUUUUGGUGUUAUAAUUUUACCUAAUACAAUACAUAGCAACACUUUGUUAGUGAGACGGGGUUUCACCAUGUUGGCCAGGCUGGUCUGGAACUCGUGACCUCAGGUGAUCCACCUGCCUCAGCCUUCCAAACUGCUGGGAUUACAGGUGUGAGCCUCCGCGCCUGUCCGGCUGUAAGGUCUUGAUUGAUCACAGGAUUUUUCUGGCUAUUCUAACUACUUCCAAUUCGCUUCAGCCAAUUUAGUUGAGCUUCUGUCACUGGUGACUUCAGAUUCCUGGUUAAUAUCCUGUUGCCCUCAGGACAUGCAGGAUGGAGGAAGGCACCAGGGAGCCGAGGGAAGUAAGCGGAGAGGCAGUCACUUCAGGGCCACCAGCAUGGCUCCUGUCCCUGUCCACAGACACAGGCCCUUCCCCUUCUCACGGGCAAGCAGGCCCCACCUCACUUCCGGGUGUGACUUCACAGACCGUCAGGUUCCGUGGUACCCUGGAAUCCACAGCUGCUGAGUCGGAAGGGUCUUCAGAAGACUGGCUUCUCCCUGAUGGUUCAUGGACUAAGGCAAAGAUGAGCAGAGCCGUGGCCCUCUUCUUUGUGCUCUGCUGGAUCCAAGAGUCCAGGUCUCCCUAUGUUCCCCAGGCUGGUCUCGAACUCCUGACCUCAAGUGAUCCUCCCACCUUGGCCUCUCACAGCACUGGGAUUACAGAUGUGAGCCACCGCACCUGGCCUGAAUUUUCCUCAAGUUCAAAAAAUCCUGAUGAAGGUUUGGCUAAAAUAUUUGAUGAAAUUCUGAUGCAAGUGUUUUCCAAGGUUCCGUAUGACCCAUCAUUUGAUGAAACAAGAACAGCAGUCAGAUCCAUUACAAAGAGAAACACACAAAAAAGCUAUUCCCAACAAAAGAGCUUGAACGAUGCUGUAUUUGCAUCAGGUUCGAAGGAACGAGAGGAACAUUUGGCUAACAUAUUUGAUGAAAUUCUACUGCAGGUGUUUCCCAAGAUUCCGUAUGAUACGUCAUUUAGCGAAACAACAGCGGUCAGAUCCAUUACAAAGACAGGCAUGAGAAAAGCAACCAGUGUUGCUUGGAAUUCUCCUGAACCAGAAUAUUUCCUUGGCAGUGUGGACAAAAUUCCCGAUAAAGAUGCUCACUUUAGGACUAUGCCCUGCAAGCAGCUUCUGCAUUUCCUGCAGAGGAACACCAUCAUUGCCGCCAUCUCAGGGGUGGUCAUCCUCACGGCCAUCGUGCUGUUGCUGCUUGGUUUGGCUUCAUACAUCAGGAAGAAACGGCCAUCAUCUCCUCCGGCAAAGACGACAUAUAAUAUUUUUAUAAUGAAUGGAAAGACAUGGUGGCAAAAUUCUGAAGAAAAAAAUUUCACAAAAUAUACAAAAAACCAGAAACAGUUGAAGAGCAGCUCCUGUGUCUAAGCCAGGUCGCGGGGCGGUCAAACCAGGACUUGAAACCGCUAUGAGAGGACAUUCUCCAUCCACGCACCACAGGGAGGCAAUUCCAUUUCUGCCCGGGGAGGUGUAUUCUACAAAAACGUCUGCUUCCCGUCCCAAUUUGAAUGGACCAAGAAAAACUGCUUUGCCAUAGGACACCUGUGGCAACAUGGCACCGAUGGCCGGCGUCGGCGAACCCAACAGACUAUGGACUUACCAUUGAAUAAAGCAUCGAUUCAUUUAUUCAGUCA